UCAGAGCAUUUCGCAAAGCGAGUCUUCUGAUCUACACUAUAUAGCUACUGUUACUGGAUGGUGUCUUGAAAAGAAUUCUCUCACAGCAUGAACCUCUGUGUGUGUGUCACAGGGCUACUAUGAUUGGAGACUCUUACGCUUCUGUAAAUGUUAUCAGCCACAAACACACACUGGAAAUGAUGAUAGGCAUCAGCUAAACACUGAUCAGCCUUCUCGUGGUAGCCAAAAGACUGCUGUGCACCCGAAUACAGGAUGGCUAAGUUGCUGAGUGGGUUAAGAACGAUGAGCUGAGCUGAGCUGAGAUGAAUUUCCUCUCAGCCAUUUGGAGAUGCCUGAUCAUGCUUCUUACCUUUUCCAUCCAGCGUUGCCCUCUGCGGCCAGCUGGUUGCCAGGUCUUCAACCCCCUCGGCUACCUGACAGUAAAGCCAGAUGCAACCUUCCUCCUGGGCUCCAACCUGACAGUGUACUGCCACAUCACAAAUAAUCCGGGGAGAAAAGAAUGGCUCAAAAUCUCCCUGGAACUGAAUGGUACGACUGUGCAUUGGCGGAAGAAGAUCACCAGCACUACCAUGAUGUUCAAUCUCCCCCAUGUAUGGACACCAAAGUCCAUAGUUAUCUGCAAGCUGGAGGGUGACGGUGACCACUGGUCUAAGAUUGUUAAUGGACUGGAUCUUCACGGCGGGCUCCCUCCAGAUAAACCUGGAAAUAUCACCUGUGAAACAUCAAGGAGCUCAGACUUCAUGGGCUGUUCGUGGACAAGAGGACAGGAGACUUAUCUCUCCACGUCCUACAACAUUUCAAUCAAGAGAGAAAACGGGACCCUGAUACGUACAGAUCAAAUCUGGGACGCCGAAUCGAUCACCGUACCACGAUCAAUGCUAGACGAAAAUGCCACAUACCUGUUGAACAUCACUGCUUACAACCACUUCGGAGUGUCACAAUCUGAUCCCUUCGUCUUCUCUGUAAAGGAUAUGGUGAUACCUGAGACCCCUCACAUUACGCACAUAGAGUUUGAGAACUCCACAGCAGCCGUGUUGCAAUGGAAUACUAUUGAAUCCCUAUUGCAUCUCAGAGCCUACGUCAGGCUGUGCACAGAUAACAUUACCUGGGAAGUGAGAACGGGAAGACAACUCAGCAAGGGUCUGUAUGUGGACAACCUGAGGCCUCUGACUGAAUAUGAGUUCCAGGUGAAAACAUGUAACUCAGCGUGGGGGCUCACACUGUCCAAUACGUCCCGCUACACAACGAGGUCCCCAUCCAGGGAGCGAUCACGCUGCAGCAAAUGGAGCCUGUCUGUGAGGAAGACAAGCCCCGGCAAAGGUCCAUCUCAGCAGUUGCAUGUGUGGAGGAUGUUAGGCAGCCAGGGAACAAACGGGCGGCCGGUAGUGACUGUUCUGUGGAAGCCUCCACCUCCAGAGGAUUACAGUGGCGUUGUUCAACAGUACAAGAUCUUUUUGGAUAAUGGCCAGAAACAUGUGGUGACCUGUGGUGCUGCUUUCAGAGAAUUCCAAGUAGAAGCAGAGGUUCAGGCACUGAGCGUCUCUGCUGUCACCUCAUAUGGAAUAUCCCCACCAGCUGACGUGACUCUCAGACAGUCAGGUGUUUUGGGCCCCGCUCUAGAAAGGUUGACUCCUACUGCUAGUGGCAGUGCUGUGCUCAUAUCCUGGUCAUGGCCAAAGAACAAAGAUCAGUUGACGUUUGACAACAGUCAGCUGUUGUACUAUGUGAUAGAAUGGACAAGUGUACCUGCUUCAGGGCUGCACUGGCUAAAACUGGCCAAAGAUCUUAAAAACACAUCCAUCUCAGGUUUGACUGCAGGUGUGAGGUAUAAUAUGUCUUUGUAUGCUGUGACCACCAGAGGUGUCAGUGCUCCAUCAUCCAGCCUGGUCUACUCCAGAGAGCAGAAGCCAGUUUCUGGUCCCGACGUGUCUAUUCUGAUCCAUGAGGCCAAGCGGAUCCUUGUCCAAUGGGACGAGCUCCCUGUAGACCAACAGAGGGGCUUUAUUAAAAAGUACACCAUCUACUUCCAGAAACUGGACUCUAGCAGCGCAGAAUUAAACAUGACAAUAUCUGCUGUUGGCCAAAGACAGAUGUGGCUGGACUGCCCUGAAGGACCUCUGGCUCUACAGCUGACUGCAUCCACCGCAGCAGGAGAAGGACCACGGGGGAGAAGGAUCUGUUCCCAGCUUGAGGCUCCUUCUGUUUCUAGUAGCCUGGUGAUUGGGACUGUUUUCAUCAUUACAGUCUUCAUAGGCAUCAUAGCCAACCUGAUGUGCUGGAGUUGUGUGAGAAAGAGGAUCAAACAGAAAUGUAUAUCCUGGGGACCCGCCUGGCUAGUUGGAACCUUGCCAAAACCAGGGCACAGUAAUGCCAUCAAACUGCUGAAGCGCGGUGGAGACGAACCACUAUUUUCGUUCACCGACAGUGACCCUCCGCUGUCCCCCAUCGUCGUGAUCUCUCAGGAGGACAUGGACGAAGUGUAUCCCACCAUCCACGUCGAUGUGCUUCAGAAUGGACCGGGACAACUCACAGCGAAUACGCCUUUGUUAUUUCCUGACGGCGCAGCGACGAUCGUCGGCAACCAAAUGGAGCACGUCAGCUACAAGCCACAGAUUUUUACGUUGACUUCACAGGGAGAGGAGGUGAACGAUGCAGAGGAUGUGCAAUGGGAUGACCUAGAAACCGAAGAAGAGGACAGGUGUUCAGUUGUAUUUAAAGGAUUACUGGGAGACUUGCUUCCGAGUGUGGAUGUGGAAUUCUCUGAUAAACCUCAAGGACUGAGUCUCUGCUCUGUUACACAUCUCUUGCAGCCUAAAAGAGCUGAAAGGAAUGUUUUAAACAAAGGCUUUUCCCAAGAGAGAAAAGAGACUGAGGGUGGCGUGGACAAAGCUGACUUUCCAGCUGUGGACUUGCAACAGGAAGACGUGACUCCUGACACAACAGACAUGUGCUUGUCUCCUUGUCUUUUUGAGACAACACUAAAUGGUGGUUAUUUCCCUCAGGUAGCUGCUGCCAGCAGUGACACGCUGAGGUAGGAGGGACAACAGGAAUGCCACAGACAGGACAGACUGCACUACUAAAUCAGUUUUCCAGAAAGCAUUAUUAAAGCACCACUUGCUCUCAGUCACUUUGUUUGAGGAGGAGAAAGGAGGAGAGAAAAUGAUUUCAGAUGAUCUGUAAUUAAUGAGCACUGGAAAAAAACAAAGUUAUUAAAUUAAUUUAAAAGUUA